ACAUCCCUUCCACUCAGCUCAUCAUUACAUGCCGAGAAACUCGAUCCGUUACCGGCAGAAGUACAAAAAUGCCCGGGGCAAGGAAUUCCAACGGGAAGCGACCCCAUCAAGCCUCCUUGCCUGAUCGGAGUGCUCCCAGGACACGCAUGGCCUGUUCCCGGUGCCAGCGGCUGAAAAGAAAGUGUAAUCUAGAGUUACCCACCUGUAGCAAUUGCCGUGCAGCCGGUGUUGAAUGUGUCGAUGGAAAAUCAGCCCGUGCUGAUGCGGCACCUCGACAAUACAUCACAUCUUUGACGAACCGGAUUAAUUGGCUGGAGUCCAUUGUCCGAUCGAAUUGUCCUGACGUCGACUUAUCUCAAGGUCCGCCCGUCUAUAUAGGAGAAGCCUGGAACGACACCAGCUCUGUAGUUGCAGACAAUUCUACUCUCCCAGCCCCAGAGUCCGAGCCCGUUCAGCGGAGCUCUGAAACUAUACGAAAUACUGAAAAUGAGCCACCGGCAACCCAGCCGGUAACAUCUACUUCGGAACCCACAGGAGCCAGUGCCAUGACCCACGAGAUUGGGCUGGUUUCCCUUGCUACGAACCAAGAUCCACGAUAUAUCGGCCCAUCCAGUGGUUAUUUCUUAGCACGAGUUUUACUAGACUCGGCAUCAAAAUCAGACGAUAGCGUUGGUCGCGCUAAUCGCAAUGCACCGUUCCCUAUAAAGCUGGUUGAAGCUCUCCAGGGGCCACUCCCACUCCCGCCCAGAGACACGGCAAUGCAAUUAUGUGAGGCAUACUUCAGUGCUAUUAACUUACAAUAUCCUAUUCUACAUCAACAUAGGUUUUACGACUACCUGGAUAUGGCUUAUGAUGACGAGAGCCAGGACCCUGCCGCCCACUUCCAGGUCUUCAUGGUUCUGGCGAUAGGAUCUGCCGUCCUUUCUGCUCGAACCAGAGCUCGCAUACCAGCAGAAUCGUACUGUCUCUCCGCACUACAAUACCUUGAUGAACUAAAUGUCGAGAACUCGUUGAAAGGCAUUCAGUGUCUUGUCUUGCUUCUCAUCUUCACUAUACAUAGCCCAUGCGUUCGCCUCAAUGUCUGGUAUCUCAACUAUCACUGCAUCGCUGCCUUAGUUGAUCAAGGUCUCCAAAGGAACAUCAGCAUGGGACCCGAGUACAGUCUGUUUAAUCAGGAGAUGCGAGCCAGGAUCUUCUGGGUUAUUUACUCCUUCGAUCGCAUCAUUGCGACGAUGAUGGGUCGACCAAUUGGACUACGUGAUGAAGGGUGCGAGCUCCGUAUGCCAUUGGGUCUGUCCGACGAGCGGCUUGUCAGCCAGAGGCAACAUCAAAUCACCGAACCGUCCAGUGACAUGUCAUUUGCGGUUCACUUAUUCGAAGCGGCCAAACUCAACUCGGAGAUCAAAUACAUCGCGCAAAGCAUCAUAAGAGACACGCCUAGAUAUGCUUAUCCUAGAGUGACUAACAUCAACGACUGGCAAAACGCCAUGCUGCAGCGACUGGAUGAGUGGUCAGACAAGAUACCAGGUCUUGGUGACCCUGAUAUGUUGUAUCUGCGAACGACUUGUCAGCUUCGAUACCACGGUCUACGAAUGCUUCUAUUGAGACCUAGCCCUGCUAUACCCAAGCCCCCCAAAGAAGCCUUGGUAAAGUGUCACCAAAGUGCUCGUGAAAGCCUACAACUAUUUGACCAAUUGUACAAGAAAAACCUGCUUGUUCAUAGCUGGACUACUUUCCACGGGCUCGUUCUCAGUUCCAUAACUCUGUUAUACUGCAUCCAGUCAGUGUCAGAAAUCGCCCGUUCUACGGGUGUAGACGCUUUCAUGUCUGACCUGAGCAUAUCCCUUAGUAUUCUGGGCGCUACAGGUGAGCAUUGGUCUGGCGCCAAACACAGUCGCGAUAUUCUGGAUAACCUGGGCAAAUCGACUGUUCGAUACAUCCGAGAGAAGAAUAGGCGAUCGGAGGGUUUGCGUGACCGUUCUGCACUGCAAGUCAAUGAACAGGUUAUUGAUCCCACACUCUCGGCAGACGCAUGGGAGAGUUUGGGGCAAGAGUUCAACAGCAUCCAGGGAUCUUCAUCCCACAUGAAUAUGGACGACGAUAUGGGUUUCAUGCAGAACCAAUUCUACGAGGGGUUACUUAAUGAGACAUUCGCGGAAUACUUUGAGCCAACGGAGUCGACAAAUCUCGAUAACAUUGUUCGCGACCUGUUCCAAGGCCUUAUUCCAACAGAUUCAGUCUAAAUCUAUACAUUAGUCUUGAGACUUUUGUGGCCCUUCAGCAGUCAAGAAGUCAAAAUCAGCGCCUAGCUCAGCCUGGUUCACGCUCCGCAUGUAUAAGCCCCGAUAGCCUCUCAUUCCUUCCCUCUUCACCCAUGGUGUUGCAGCACCCUCAGCUUGCUGGAAGGUCUUGAGUCUCUCCUGGAUCCUCUGCGAUAUUUCUGUAUCAGAUAGAUCCACAGAGAGCUGCCUCUUUUCGACAUCAAGUGUGAUGAGAUCACCAUUCCUGACGAUGCCAAGCGGGGAUUUGGGAUCGGCUGAUUCCGGAGAGAUGUGUAGUCCAAUUGUUCCACCUGCUGUUCCACUCAUGCGGCCGUCUGAUAGACGCAGCAUAUCCAACACUCCCUGAGAGGCAAUCUUUCUUGGGAUAGGGAUCAUGCCUGCUUCUGGCAUACCGGGGUUUCCGAUUGGACCAAUGUUCUGGAGGACCAGGACACUCUCGGGUGUCACGUCCAGAUCAGGAUCAUCAAUCCUUUCUGCCAUAUCUGCGGAAUUUGCAAAAACGACGGCUUUGCCGGUAUGCUGCAGUAGUUUUCUGUACUUGGAAGCACUGGCCUUCAUGAUGGCGCCUCCUGGGGCCAGGUUGCCUUUCAACACUACCAGAGAAGACGCUGGAUAUAAUGGCUUGUCAAAUGGCUGAAUGACACUCAGCUCUCGGGGAACAGGGAUAAGAGAGUUGUGAGCAAUUUCUACUCCUAGUGUUCGGCCAGUGACUGUCAAUGCGUCAAGGUGAAGCAGAGGCUUGAGUUCAUGGAACAAAGCGAGCAUGCCACCUGAGUUGUUAGUCUUUACUUCAAAACAGAAUGAGUGACAUACCUGAGUUAUGGAAGUCUGUCAUGUAGUUAUCACCACUUGGUUUCAGAUCAACCAGCAACGGUGUCUUGCGACCAAUCUCGUCGAUGGUCUCCAAUGUUAUUGUGCCUGCAACCUUGGGGUGGCGCCCAAUGAUCGCCAUGAGAUGGACCACAGCAUUCGUUGAGCCGCCAAUUGCCUGUAGUACAGUGAUGGCGUUUAAGAACGACUCUCGUGAGAGUAAAGCUUGUGGCCGCAGGCGUUCAACGUCUUUGCAAGCUGCAACGGCUAGUCCUCCUGUGGCUUCCGCAAUUCGUAACCUUGUCGCUGAUACAGCUGGGGCUGUGGCGCCAGCAAAAGGCAUCAUGCCGAGUCCAACGAGAAUGGAGGCCAUGGUAGAUGCUGUUCCCAUGACACCACAAGUUCCUCCCUGAUAUUGUUAGACUUGAUAUCAUACGCUAGAUGAUUAGAACUCACAGUUGGUGCUAGUUCAUCGUUGAUAGCUGAAAUAUCUUCAAUGUCAAGAGUGCCAGCUCUGUACUUGGCCCAGUUGUUACGACAGUCUGUACAAGCUCCGAUGCGCACUCCGCGAUGACUCCCGGGCAUCAUUGGACCAGUGACUAGAUGAAGGAUAGGCUUGUUUGCUGAGAUACCUCCCAUCAGUUGAGCAGGCGUAGUUUUGUCACAUCCUAUCCUAGUUAGCAUCAACUUCAUUCAGUAUAUUUCAAGGGUGAACAUACCACCAAUCAACACAACAGCAUCACAAGGCUGCGCCGCAAUCAUCUCCUCCGUAUCCAUACUCAUCAAAUUCCUCAAAUACAUACUCGUCGGCGACGAGAAGCUCUCAUGAAUACUAAUAGUAGGAAAGUCAAUCGCCAACCCGCCAUUGAGCUGAACGCCUCUCUUGACAGCGUCAAUGAGCUGAGGAAUGUUGGCGUGGCAGGGAUUGAAGCUGGAGUAUGUAUUCACGAUUCCAAUGAUGGGGCGUGAGAGUGCAUCCUCGCUGUAGCCGAGGGCUUUAAUGAAGACUUUGCGGAGGAAGAGGGAGAAGUGAGGAUCGCCGUAGGAGGCGAGGCCUUGGCGGAGGCCGACUUUUGAUGUGAUGGGUUGGUCAAGGUCGUAGUCUGGGUUGACCACUGUUUUCUUGGGGUCUGACAUUUUGGUAGCUUUGAUCAAUGGAGUUGAAUAUUGAAUGAAGAGAUGAUUUCAGG